ACGUGUACCAACGUUGGAGUAUUAAAACUAAUAUAGAAUGCGUAGACUUCCAUAAGCAAGGGUGGCAGCACUGAAUAGUGUACUUUAGUUGUUACUUUGACAGCAAAGAUAACCUAAAGUAUAUUUAUGUUGUAUAACUACCUAUUUAUUUGUGUCCUAUAAUAUAUUUUGUGUUAAUAAUCUUAUUGCAUUAAACCAGAAACAUGUCGGAGCGUAAAGUUUUAAACAAAUAUUAUCCGCCGGAUUUUGAUCCGUCAAAAAUCCCUCGUAUGAAAUUAGCCCGAAAUAGACAAUAUACAGUUCGUUUGAUGGCUCCUUUCAAUAUGAGAUGCAAAACUUGCGGUGAAUACAUUUACAAAGGAAAAAAAUUUAAUGCUCGUAAAGAAGAUGUCGAAGGUGAUGAUUAUUUAGGAAUACGAAUUUACAGGUUUUACAUAAAAUGUACUAGAUGCCUGCAAGAAAUAAGUUUUAAAACAGAUCCCAAGAAUACGGAUUAUGAGAUUGAAGCGGGUGCAACCAGAAAUUUUAUGGCCUUAAAGUUAGCGGAAGAACAAGCGCAGAGAGAGGAAGACGAAGAAAAAGAGGAAGAAGCUACCAAUCCGAUGAAACUCUUAGAGAAAAGAACAUUGCAAUCGAAACAAGAAUUGGAAUUGUUAGAAUCUUUAGAGGAAUUGAAAGACUUGAAUCGUAGACAACAAACUAUCGAUUAUGAUCAAAUGUUAGAACAAUUUGAUACAAAUGCAGCCAAGCAAAGAACAGAGAAAGAGCAAGAAGAAUAUGACGAAGAGUGUGUUAAAGCGAUAUUUGGUAAAAAAAUUGUUGUAGAAGAAGAAAUUGUAGAAUUAGAUGAGAGCGAAAGCAGUGAACCAGCAAAAAAGGUAAUGAAAAGAAGUAAAAGUAAAACUGAAAAUAAUAAGUUUCAAUCUACAACAGACGAAGAAAAGCCUAAGGAAACUCAAAGAAUAAAACCAUCUGAAACAUCAUUGUGGUCUGAAAGUACACCGUCAUCGUCAAAUAGAAAAAGUUUGCUAGGCAUAGUUAAAAGAAAAACAAAUUUAGUAAAUACCAAAGUAAAUUCAAACGCCGUAGUUGCUAGUACCGAUAAGGAAGAAACGCAAACUGUGGCAAGAAAAGAAACUGAUGCUUCUACGGAAGAAAGUAAAAAUCCAAACAAAAAUACGUCUGAAAGUAUGCAUAAGUCGACGAGCAAUAAUGGUCUGUCUUUACUGGGUGCAUAUUCUGGCAGCAGUGAUAAUGACAGUGAUUAACAUAACGUUUGAUAAAUUUAAUAUAAAUCAAAAUACAUAUACUCAAUUUACACGCCUCUUCUCAAAAAUAUUGCCAACAAUCUACGAUUCUAUUAAUCGUGUCGAAUAUCGAAUCAAAAAGAUCUUGCAAACGAUGUAAAGUGCCGCUUACCAAAGACUUAAUGUUUAAUAACAUAAAAUAAUCUCUUUGACAAAGAGAUCGACCAAAGAUGGAGAUCAUUUACGUUGACGAUGAUUAGAAAGUUCCUUACAGGAUGCCGAAGCCCUUACCCCUAAAACAUAGAAAAAUAAAAUCGGUCAGAGAGUUGAAGAAAUUAGAAAUCGGUCUGUUUCAAAGGCUAGGCACUCUGUAAGGAACUUUUGUAUCGACGAUAUAACAUUGAAAAUUCGGUAGCAGGGAGUACCUAGCCUAUUAAAUCAGACCUUAUUAAUACAACGUACAAAUUUAUUUACAACGUACUUUACUAAUGGUUCCCAUGUCAAACUAUGAUUAAAGGUUGUAUAUGAAUUUGUAUUAUUCAUAAGUAGAAAUUUUUAUUUUUUAUACUAAUAACGACUGCAAAUGUUAUUUAUAGCCAUUAAGUAACAAACUUAUUGUAAUAU